AUGGCCCUCGCACCCAAGACGACAUCGCACAGCAUCUUCGAGAAGCUGAAGCGCAACGCGGCCAACAAGAUCUGUUUCGACUGCGGCGCAAAGAACCCCACCUGGUCCAGCGUGCCCUUCGGCAUCUAUUUGUGUUUGGACUGCUCUGCCAACCACCGGAACCUGGGUGUGCACAUCAGCUUUGUGCGGAGUACCAAUCUCGACCAAUGGCAAUGGGAUCAACUACGGCGGAUGAAGACGGGUGGCAAUGAGAGCGCUACCAAGUACUUCCAGACGCACGGCGGUACGGCGGCUUUGGCGAGCAAGGACCCCAAAACGAAAUACACGAGCAAUGCGGCGACGAAGUACAAGGAUGAGCUGGCGCGGAGGGUGGAGGCGGACAUCAGGAAAUUCCCGGAUGAUGUCAAUGUGGAUGACUUGGUAGACGACAGCGAAGGCACUGGAACAAACACUCCUGCCGGCGAACCCGGUGACGACUUCUUCUCUUCAUGGGACAAGCCAGCAAUCAAAAGACCCAGCAACCCUCCUUCACGGACAGGGACACCAGGCAUCAAUCGCACCGCUUCACCUUUCCUCAAUGCCAAUGGAAACAACGCAGCAGGACGACCAAAAUCACCACUCAAGACUUCCGAUGCGGCGGGUUCAGAAUCAUCCGCUCCUCCUGCAGCUGCUCGUGCGAUCUCCUCUUCCGCCGUUCGCAAGACAGCCACAGCCAGCAAGCCUAAAGCCAACAUCUUGGGCGCAAAGAAGACGAAACUGGGAGCGAAGAAGGUGGACUCCAGUGCGCUUGACUUUGAUGAGGCAGAGAAGAAGGCUCGGGAGGAAGCCGAGCGGAAAGAGAGGUUGGGAUACGAUCCGAACGAAGAGACGCCAGCAGAGAGCACGAUAACUGCAUCACAACCUGCUGCGAGCACAGCGACAAUACACCAGCCAACACCAGUGAGCCCAGGGCGAGCAGGCAGCUUCGGAGCAACUGGAGGCUCGAAACAACAGAGUGACAGCGACAUGGAUAGGUUGGGCAUGGGCGUGCGGAAACUGGGCUUUGGGCAGGUCGGUGGAGGUGCGGCAAAGGCUGCUGGUGGUGCCGCGCCGGCAAGAGGGCUUGGAUUUGGCGCUGUCAGCAGCAAGCCCGCCGUGCAGGAUGACUCCGAACGCUUCGCGCGCGAGAAGUUUGGCACACAAAAAGGGAUCUCUUCAGACGAAUUCUUUGGCCGCAACGACUUCAAUCCCACUCAACAGAACGAAGCUCGCACACGCCUGCAAGGCUUCGAAGGCGCCACCUCUAUUUCUUCCAAUGCGUACUUUGGCCGGCCUGAAGAGGACAUGGACUCAGCGGAGUACAGUGGUAACAUGGAAGAUGCGGCAAAGGACUUUGUCCGCAGAUUUGGUAUUACGGCUGGCGACGAUAUCGAGAAUCUAACUGCGAUGGUUGGUGAGGGUGCCGGCAAGCUGAGGGGCGCAAUCAGGGAUUACCUGAACAGCUAA